AUGGUUGAAUUCCAUGAGAUUUCAGAAGGAUCUUCAUCUUCUUCAUUAACUCAUGGUCGUGGAUAUGAUGUACUUUUAAGUUUCAGAGGUGUUGACACUCGUAAUAGUUUGACUAAUCACCUUUGUAAUGCUCUCAUUCAUGCCAACAUCACUACCUUCUUAGAUGAUGAAGAGAUUGAAAUAGGGGUAGAUUUGAAACCAGAAUUGGAGAGUGCACUUAAAUCAUCCAAGGCUUCUGUUAUAGUGUUGUCCAGGAACUAUGCUGCUUCCACAUGGUGUCUUGAUGAACUGGUGUUGAUCGUUGACAAACGUAGGCCAUCCAAACAAAUUGUAAUUCCCAUCUUUUAUCAUGUGGAGCCCACCCAUGUCAGGAAACAACAAAGUAGCUUUGGAGAUGCAAUGGAUAAGCAUAGACAAAAGAUGGCGGCAGAGACAUAUGAAAAUAAAAGAAGUUAA